AUGACUUCACCUUCCUCCGCAAAAGAUCGCCUUUCCAACAUCUCCUCACACAUCAUGGCUUCCUCCAAUCCCUCAGUAUUCACUGCGGCCCUCGUGGCUGCCGCCCCCGAAGAUCCUCUAUUCGGACUCAUGAAAGCCUAUCGCGAAGACCCCUCCGAUAAGAAGGUCGACCUGGGAAUCGGUGCAUACCGCGACAACAAUGCGAAGCCCUGGAUUCUGCCCGUCGUCAAGAAGGCCGAUGACGCCAUCCACAACGACCCCAGCCUGAACCACGAAUAUCUCUCAAUCGGCGGCCUGGCAGACUUCACCAGCGCCGCACAAAAACUCAUCGUGGGCGCCGACAGCCCCGCCAUCAGGGAAAAGCGCAUCUGCUCCCUGCAAACAAUCUCGGGAACCGGCGCCGUCCACCUAGGCGGCCUCUUCCUCUCGAAAUUCCACCCCAACAAGCCCUCAAUCUACCUCUCUAACCCCACCUGGGCCAACCACAACCAGAUCUUCACAAAUGUCGGCCUAACCCUAGCAAAGUACCCCUACUUCUCCCCGCAGACCAAAGGCCUAGACUUCAGCGGCAUGAUCGCCGCGCUCGAAGCCGCCCCGCACGGCUCCGUGAUCCUUUUGCACGCCUGCGCGCACAAUCCCACAGGCGUAGACCCCACACAGGACCAGUGGAAGCAGAUUGCAUCGGUGAUGCAGGCGCGCCGCCACUUCCCAUUCUUCGACACGGCCUACCAGGGCUUUGCGUCUGGGGAUUUGGUGCGCGACUCGUGGGCGAUCCGGUACUUCGUGGAGCAGGGUUUCGAGCUGUGUGUUGCGCAGUCGUUUGCGAAGAAUUUCGGGCUUUACGGCGAGCGGACGGGCGCGUUCCACUUUGUUUCUGCGCCUGGGCCGGACGCGGAGGUUUCGACUGCGCAUGUUGCGUCGCAGUUGGCGAUCUUGCAGCGCUCCGAGAUCUCGAACCCGCCUGCUUACGGGGCUCGGAUUGCGAGUCGGGUGCUUAAUGACCCUGUGCUGUUUAAGGAGUGGGAGGAUGAUUUGCGGACUAUGAGUGGGCGGAUUGUGGAGAUGAGGACUGGGUUGAGGGAGCGGUUGGAGGCUAAGGGCACGCCUGGUAAUUGGGAUCAUAUCACUUCGCAGAUUGGAAUGUUCAGCUUCACGGGCUUGACGGAGGAGCAGGUUUCGAGGCUGCGGUCGAAGUGGCAUGUUUACAUGACGAAGAAUGGUCGUAUUUCUAUGGCUGGCCUGAACACGAAUAACAUCGACUACUUCGCUGAGGCCGUUGAUAGCGUUGUGCGUGAGUCUUCUUAG